AUGUCUUCGGAAAUAGCUCCCAUCCUUCAAGUGACAGGGCUAGGCCUCAAGCUUUCCUUGUCAUUGAAUACUGUCGCCUGUGAGGUAGCAGCUGAUGGCAUAGAUGUAUAUAGCAUUGCGAAGGGCGUCUCUUUAUACGUGACGGCUUUGAAGCAUGUUGGGCAAAGUCUCCAGGCGGCGGAUUCUUCGCAUUCGUCAUCGGCUUUGCGCACUGCACAAGAAAUUAGUAAACAGAGCCAAUCAAUAUUUUCUGACUUUGAGAAAAUGUUGGAACAAUCUAAGCGAAAAGAUGGAGGCUCGGUUCAGGAACGGUUCAAGCGCUGCUUCAGAAAGCAGCAUGUUAUGUAUUUGCUGGCUCACCUUGAGGCGUUGAAGUUGAGCUUGAUGGUAAUGUUUCAAAUCCUCCAACUUGGGAGGCUUCUUAAAAGGGAUACGUCAAACUCCGUGGGAACUGAUACCAUCCAAGAAGAGCGUGACGAAAUUCAAAACACGAUAAUCGCCCGACAUUGGUCGAUAUAUCGGCUUAAUAGGCUACAUAGCCACGCUAUUUGUGAAGCCGCGGAAUAUCUUCAAAGUGCAGGCCGCCCCAGGUUGUCUAAUCCCGGGACUGGAUUGCCACCGCUAUCCACCAUACCAACAAAAUUGCCCACAAUAUCACCUGGGGACCUCAAUAACUCCCUCUCACCGGUAUCACAGGACGUCACGAACAUGAUUCGUAUAUCCUCCCGCGAGAUUGAUGAUCUAGUUACUCAGUGGACUCAAGUGGGCGGCUUCCAGGAGCUACACGCAGAAACGCGCCGACGGCAUCAUGUGUCAUUUGCAUCUGAUAUGGAGAACGAUGAUUGCCGCAACGUUUUGGAAGGACGCGGUACUCAAGGCCAGCGUGCUGACCUUGAAUGCAUUGCCUCUCAUGGGAGGAGACCUUAUCGUCAAGCAGCAAAACUCGCCACUGAAUUUCGAAACGAUUAUUCUAGCCUUCAAGCGCGGGUUGAUAGCGAUACUGAAGAGCCGAGCGAUAUUGAUGCGCAAACUAGACGCGGAAAAACAGUCAGAUUUUCCCCUAGUGCCAAUACUUCGGUAACAGGGGAACGCAACAGUCACAGAAGAAACGGCGGGCCCAUCAGCAUUUAUACAGACAGGGAUAAACCAAAAACCUCACCCUCUCAAGUCCGAAUCCCAACUCCAGAAUUCCAUGCGGAUAAACAGCAGAAAUCCUAUGGGCACCCACACCCGUCGCCAAGCGGCCCGCGGACCCUGCCCGGAGCCAUCCCUGAACGACAGCCACAAAUAUAUAGGACCCCUAACUUAUCGCCUAGCACCGGUCCUUGUUCACUUGCGUCCAGCCCCACCCACCGGCAAUAUACUUCCAAUGCAUAUCCUUCUUCCCAUUCGUAUCAUAAUGCAACGCCUGCACCCUCAUAUUCCCCUCCAAUGGAUACCGGCAACCAACCCUACACAAACACUUCCUUUUCCACGGAACAUCCCUAUUAUCAGCAAAAUCACCACGUCGACUCCCAUUCGCGCAGGAGGAGUAAUAACUACGCUACUGUGCCUGUGCAACCGCCACGUGAGCGCCAGCCAAGGACGACGACACAGAACGACGGAAGCUUCUCAAACGAUCACUAGAUGGAGCCGCUAUUACAACGACUGUGAAAGAGUUUAAGGACUCGUGAUAUGAGUUUUACUGUUAUUGUUAAUUGCAAUCAUAUGUUUUGAAACAGGAGUUGGUGAUACCUUGAUUUUGUGAUAUAUUAUUAUCCUAUUCAUUCACAU